AUAGGAUAAAUGUGCCCUGUGGGGAACAUCGAGGCUUGGCAUUAACAAACACGCUCCAGAUUAACACCUCACACAAUGCCCCGAACCGCGAGAGGCAGGCCACCAGCCCACGUCACACACAAUGCUCUUCAUCCUGCUAUAAAACAGGGACACAAGCUUCCAUCCUUCUUCCUCCCCAACUGGUUUCUCCUUCCCUCUCUCUCUCCUCUCUCACUCUCUUUCUCUCGCUACUGCUUCCUCUCUCCCCCAUCACCCUCCUCCUGCUCGUGAACACAUACAGCUCUCAGAGAGAGUGAGAAGGCGAUAGUGUGAGGACCUGUAUAUUGGAGUGCUGCUGCGGUGGACUUUUUGGGAGGGAUCAACACUGGCACACAGCCAUUUUUUUAAAAACAUUUUAGAACACAUACACACAGCGCCAUGACCAGGAAGGUGUUCACCAACACACGGGAGCGCUGGCGCCAGCACAACGUCAACGCCGCCUUCUGCGAGCUACGUAAGCUCAUUCCCACCCACCCACCUGAGAAGAAGCUCAGCAAGAAUGAGAUCCUGCGGCUGGCCAUGCGAUACAUCAACUUCCUGGUGCAGAUCCUGGAGAGCCAGAGCGGCAAGCCUGCCUCGGGCUCCCCCAGCUCGCUGCUCACCUUCCUGCGGGGCAACGUGGAGCGCCUGCAGUCCAACCCCUGGGGCUUGGCCAGUGACACGGACGCCUCCUCGCCCGGGUCCAGCUGCGACAGCUCCGAGGCCUGGUAGUCUCCAGCGGUCCAUGGACGCAAUGGGGGGGCUGCUGGGGGCAACAGGGAGAUGGCCUCCAUCUUUUCCCUUCCACGGACUUCAUUUUGUGUCCCUGCAUAUCUUUGACACCUCCUGAGUGGCGUGGUCCCGACCAGCUGACAGCAGCGGAUGCCAGGUUGUGGUAUGUUAGUGGAUUGUUGAUGCAAUCUGGCUGAAAUUCCGGACCCGUGUUGAGAUAUUAUGUCCAUGAGGCUGCAUUAUGUUAAAACAAAAAAAAUCUGUUUUGAAUGGAUGUUUACAACUUGGAUGUACAGCAUUCCCUUCAUGCCUCCAUCUUUACGGUCCUCGCUGGCCAUCAGGGACUAAUUAAGUUAUUCAGUAAGAGGCUCUUUGCGCCGCCAAGGAAAAUGGAGGGGAUUAUGGGAUUUCACAUUUCAAGCAAUAGUUUCACCAGGGCAUUUCAAUAGAUAACAGCUUACCCAAUUUGCCAAGGAUUGCAAUCAUUUCAGAAAAACCUGGGGCACUUUGUAGCGACAUGCUAAUAUUCUGUGUAGAAAACCAGAGCCAUCUUUUAGAUGUCGAUUUAUUUACCAAGGUUAUUUAUUUUCAAUUAAAUACCCCCUAUUUUCAGCACAGUUAGGGAACCCUUCUGUAAAAUAAUCUUGAUUUAAUUGCUUGGUAUCCACCUUGUAUGGAGCAGGAUUUGGGCAGAUGAAUUAUGGGAAAACUGACAAUACCUUUUAAGUUAUUUGUGUACUCUGUGAACUCGACUCCUAUUUCUUAAUGUAAACUAAUUUGCUUCUUUGGUUCAUUAAUACGCACGUCAUCCAGCCAAAGAUUAUGGAUUGUCUGUUGUCAACAUUGUUUUAAUACCUUCCAAUACCUCCUUUUUAAAGUAUUUAUUUGCUUGUGAUUGUACAGUAUUAUUUAUUGACCAUUUAUUUAAUAAACAAUUAGAUAAUAA